AGGCCGGGUUCCCACUACGCCGGACCGGCAGAUCUGCCGAAAACCGGACACCGGACAGAGUGUUCACAUUACAUCGGAUCCCGGAAGAAAUUCAGACAGUCCUCAGUUGAAUUUGGACCUGCGCGCACAAUGGACGACGAAAUUGUUGUGUUGUGGUGGUAUCUUAAUAGAAGGCAAAAUAAAAGAAAACAUUGGGUACACCCUAUUUUACGGGAAAGAUUUUCACUUGGAACAUUUGAAACAUUAAUGGGUGAACUUAGAAGAGACGAAUCAAAGUUCUUCAAUUAUUUUCGAAUGACAGCAACCACUUUUGACGAUUUACUGGGACGACUAGACAUAAGAGUACGAGAUACAAGUUUCAGAGAAUGUAUUUGCCCAGAACAAAGAUUAGCCAUAUGUCUAAGAUAUUUAGCUUCAGGAUGUUCAUUCAAAGAAAUACAUUACUCAUACAGAGUAGGCGUUUCGACAAUAAGUAAACUAAUAAAAGAAAUGACCCACGUCAUUUGGGAAAACCUAAAGACAGAUUUCCUUAAGCUGCCUGAUACUGAGAGAGAAUGGGAGGACAUCGCUUCAGGAUUCGAAAGAAAAGCCAACUUUCCUCACUGUCUUGGAGCAGUAGAUGGCAAACAUAUCAGAAUUUUGAAACCAGCCAAGAGUGGUUCUAUGUUCUUUAAUUACAAGGAGUAUUAUUCUUUUGUAUUAAUGGCAGUUGUCGAUUCAGAGUACCGAUUUAUUUUUAUUAGUGUGGGCUCAUUUGGCAAGGAAUGCGAUUCUAGUAUAUUAAAGGAUAGUACAUUUUGGCAAAAGAUCAAUGAUGGUACUUUAAAUGUACCAAAGCCUAGACCGCUUCAUGAAAACUUGCACGAAGAAUUACCGUUUAUACUUGUUGGCGAUGAAGGCUUUGCUUUAACACCUAAUCUCCUACGUCCAUAUGGAGGUACACAUUUGAAUACUGAUAAAAAGAUUUUUAACUAUAGACUAAGUCGAGCAAGAAGGUAUGUUGAGUGCGCUUUUGGUAUUCUGGCAAAUAAGUGGCGAAUAAUCCAUCGAGCUAUAGAUCUCAACGUAGACACAGCAAUUCAAGUAAUUAAAGCUUGUGCAGUCUUACAUAAUUUUGUAAGAGAAAAAGAUGGUAUAAAUUUUGAAAGUUACCAAAAUAUAGAACAUAGACAAGAACAAGAAACUACACCCAUGAAUCGAAAUGUGUCGAGUCGAGGUGGCCCUAAUGCCAACGCUAUACGGACAUCAUUUACUAAUUAUUUUGUUUCAGAUAUUGGUUCCGUUCCGUGGCAGGCAGCAGCUAUAAAAUAAAAUUUAUCAAUGCAUUUACAUUUUAUCAAUAAAACAUUAAAAACUCA